CUGCACCCUGGGGACGCUUACAGAUCUGCGAGUCCCCGUUGCUGUCGCCGUCACGCUGCGAAGACACGGCGGCUGUGAGCCAUGAACCUGGGCAGGCUGCGCCGGCGAAACAGCCAUGACAACUACUUCCUCGAGGGGCCCCCCAACGGCAGGUCCCAGCUGUGGCAGAGGCGCUCGCUCAACAGCCCCGGCAGCACCAAGAACCUGCAGAACCUGGCCGCCGCGCUCGGGACCUCACCUAGGGGACGCAGCCAGGUCACUCGUUCUCGCUCCAACUCCCUGCUGGACUACAGUGAUGCCAUAAGGACGACCGUCGUGCUGGAGAAGCAGGACAACGAGACGUUCGGCUUCGAGAUCCAGACGUACGGGCUGCGGGUGGAGAACAGCACGCAGAUGGAGAUGUGCACAUUCGUGUGCUCUGUGCAGCAGGACAGCUCGGCUGAGCGUGCAGGACUCACCGCAGGCGACAUCAUCGUCACGGUCAACGGGGUCUGCACGGAGGGCUCGACGCACCAGUGCAUUGUGGAUCUCAUCCGCAAGUCCACCAACGCGUUAAAGUUGGAGACGGUCAGCGGUGCCGUGGUCAAGAGGAUCGAGCUGGAGAGGAAGCUGAAACAGCUGAAGCAAAGCCUGCGAGAGAAAUGGGUGGAGCUCCGCACGCUGGCGCAGCGGGAGAGAGAGCUCGGCGGAGGCAACCUGAACGACUGCUCGUCCCCGUCCUCCCCCAGUAUGCGGGGUGGUCUGCGUUCCUCCAGCGACAGCAGCUGCCGGAGCCUGAUGAUGGAGGACAGCGAGGACUGCGUCCCCCCUGUGUUCGAAGACCCCUUGAGCCCGACGUACGACGGCUGCUUCUUCGGCGACUUCCCUCCGAGGGGCGCCGCUGUGUCGCGCUCGCGGAGCAUCAGCCUGGGCAGCGGCGGCAGCAGCGGUCCUGCCUCCCCCCGCUGGGACCUCGCCGACGCCUCCUCCCCGUUCGGCACGGUGCCCCGGCGGCCCAGGCACGGCAGCGUCAGGAAGCGCUUCCUUAAGUUCAUCCCGGGCCUCCACCGAUCCGUCGAGGAGGAGGAGAGCGGCUGAAGGGCGUCUCCGUGGCAACGAGUUUCCGCGACGACGAACCAUACACUUUCUCGGCUGUAGCAGCACGAUGGCAUUACCGGCGAGACGGACUGGGGCUGCAGUGCCGGACCCCCAGCGCGCACACUGAGACGCAAACUUCCACGGCCCCCAAAGAUGUCACUCAUAUUCCCUGUAGACUUUUCCGGCAAAUUUCACAAUCGUUUUCCGCAAGCGAUGCAUACAGUUUUGCUUCCUGUUAACACAAAUGGUCGAUGGUAGUUUUUUUCACAAGCUGGUUGAGGAGCUGCUGUGAAAGAACUCUGUUCUCACAUCUUUUUCUAAACAUAUAUAUAUAUAUAUAUAUGCAUCUUGUAGCAUUACUGUUUUUUAACCACAAAACCGUGUUAAAAGCAUGGUAUUUCACUCAGGUUGGCUUGACAGCUUUCCACCUUACAGCAGAUGAGCUUUCUGCACAAACAGAGAGCAUCCUGAAUGAGGGAAUCUCUCCUUUUGGGGCACAGAACUGAUCCCCCUUAACCGCGGCCCCCCCUGCUGUCCGCUGCAGGCCUCGCGGCGCAAUCAGCUCUCGAUUUGCCUCUUCGCUGUUCAUAACGGAAAACAUGAAUCGAAGAUGCGUGGAGGACAAGCCGAGCUGCACGCUCUCAGCGAAGGAUCUCUCAGUCGCUCUGCAACGUGUCUCCAGCAGCGUCUUUUUGCGAAUGGACCGAAAACUGGGUCUCCGAGCAGGAGGAGGUGCCCUGAAAGCAUUAAUGUUCAUAAAACCUCACUAAUUCCACUAAUUGUACCGUAAUUCACCUAAUAGAGGGAAACGAGCGUUCUGUGCCCCACGCUGUUAUUCCGUUCGUCGCUCCAUGCAACCUUGUCGCUAGUUCUUCCUCGCGGGGCUGUCUUCAAAGGAUCCGGAUGUGAAGAUGACCCAGAAUGCAGAACUUGAACUGCCUUCAGCAGGGACCGAAUACAUUUUAUAGCCAUCUUUCCUAAUGUGAAGAGCUGCAAAGGUGUGCAAACGAUUUUGCAUCAUUACGUACUGUAACCGGACCUGCUGGCCGGUGGGAAACCGGUCGACUUCGGCCUCGGCUCCGAGCGCCGUCACCUUCCGAGACAGAGGGCGGUGGAGAGAACCCGAGGGCCCUGCGGUCCUCCAUCAGGUGCUGCACGCUGCGCACACUCUUCAAAACAGGAUGUGGUGGAGAAAGGUGCGAAGCGUGCAGACGCAUUUUCCGUAGUGGCUUCCUGGUCCUCUAUAUCCUCGCUGAUAUUUGUGCUCAACCCUGUUGUUCGCGACCCAAUUUUUAACGCGCAAACGAUUUUACCUUUUUUAAACCUUCAGCACGAGCAACCGAAUGUACGACGACUGCAGUUCCCUCUCAUAUUUGCUUCUCAUGUAUAUUUUUGUAGCCUUACGGUAUAUUUCAUGUCGUGUUCUGUCUGACAGUUACAUCAUUGCCACAGUGAUAUGUUUUAUAUUUUUGUGAUGUUUGAUAAUAAAACACA